UUCAUAUUUUGUUCGUAUCUGGCGCUAGAGUCGCAUAUAUUAGCAUCUUUGGAUGGUGAACAGUACUACAACGUGUUAUAAUGUACUGUGACAUAGGAUUGGAGUUUAGACUAUAGUGAUAAAUUGUUUAAUAUUGUAUAUGAUAAAUUCUGAUAAAUGAUAAAAAGUCUUAUGUGCUAAUAAUAAUUUAUAUAUAUAUAUAUACAUGUGUGUAUAUAUAUAUGUAUAUAUAUAUGGUUAAAAUAUUUUCGUUUUGUAUAAAUAAUAAUCUGAACUAAUUAACGCUAUGAAGCAAUUAUGGCGAAGUGAAAAGCUUAGGUUUAACAAUACUAUAGUAUGAUAGAUAUUACUAUUUAUUUAAUUAAAAGAAAUGUGCGUGAAUUAUGUUCCUAUCGUGUAACGAUCAUCAAUUCUAAUCUUUUUACAUACAUAUGUCAAUGAUCGUACAUUCUUGUAUAUAACCUUUCGUCUAUAACGAUAUAUAAUUAAUAAUAAUUUAUCAUCAUGAUUAAGGCUAUUUUAGUUUUUAAUAAUCAUGGAAAGCCACGUCUUUCAAAGUUUUAUCAAUACUUCAAUGAAGAUAUGCAACAACAGAUCAUUAAAGAGACAUUUCAACUUGUAUCGAAAAGAGACGAUAACGUUUGUAACUUUUUGGAAGGUGGUAGCCUUAUAGGAGGAUCCGAUUAUAAACUAAUUUAUCGUCACUAUGCCACCCUUUAUUUCGUAUUUUGUGUUGACAGUUCUGAAUCAGAACUUGGUAUUCUAGAUCUGAUACAAGUUUUCGUGGAAACUUUGGACAAAUGUUUUGAAAAUGUGUGUGAACUAGAUCUUAUUUUCCACGUCGAUAAAGUUCAUUAUAUACUUAACGAAUUAGUGAUGGGUGGUAUGGUAUUGGAAACUAAUAUGACAGAAAUACUAACGAGAAUAGAGGAUCAAAACAAAUUGGAAAAACAAGAGGGGACUUACAGAUCAGGACGAUCUUGCUCACCUCGUCCGUUUGUCCUUCUGGGGCCCCCUCCUUAAGUAAAUCAGCAGUAGACAAUCUGGCCACCUUAAAUAAAUUCAGUCCUAUGUACAAUUGUCUGUGAUUUCUUCUCUCUCUUUCUUUUUCUUUUUUUUUCUUUUUUUUUUUUAUAUUUUUUUUUUUGUUACUAAGAACUUGAAACAUAAAUCUUUUUCAUAGCUUCAUACAAUCGCCGUUCAUAACACGCAUGAUAAUACUAUUGUUUAUAAAUGUCUGCUCCAUGACAGUGCCUUAUUGCAAUUGUAUACGUCGCAAUAAUCCAUAAAUAAAAUAUGUAUUGUGUAGCUAUUUAUUACUUGUCUUCACUCCUGGAAAUGAAUUGCUAUCGAUUAAUCCCAAGCAUUUGCCCAUUUUCCAUUUUUUCCAUCCAUAUAAUGUGUGCAGGCGGGAAUCACAGCUGCGCCAGCGCGUGCUGUAUCGGCGGUGAAGAAUAUGAAUAUUCCGCAGCAAAUAAAGGAUAUGAAGCUACCUGACUUACCGCAAGCAAUAAAAGAUCUCAAAUUCUGACCAGCCGUUACAUCGUUGGCUCCCAGCUGACUGCUUUCUUCUACCAACCCAGGUACAAGCGAUAACACUACAAGGAUAAUCUUUCCUUCCCUUCGAGCAAAUGAAAAUGCACCAAUGUUGUCCAACACUUCGUACACCUCGUCUCAACGAUAUCAGAGUUAAAGUGUAUAAGAACUAUAUAAACAAUUGUCUUCUUUGCGCUGAAAAAUGUUUCCAACAAAGGAGAAUAUUAUGAAUCGAUCAAUUUCAGACAAAUUUUUACUUUGAAAUCUGAAAUAAAAUUCUCUCGUAAGUGUAAAGAAAUCGAAGAGUACUUUGAAAUUUUGUAUUAUGCAAUGGACAAAGAAAACAGAUAUAAUUUAUCUCUACAUUUGGAAAAUAUAGACUGUUCGAUGCUGUUCGUGUAUAAUUACGAAGGUACACUAAAUCUAUGUUACUACAUACCAAUAUUGCAUUUCUCCCAUUAUCCAUAGUAAUAUACUUAUGAUAUUUUGUUCAUUAAAAACGCACUCCCUUAUAUUGUUAUUAAAAUCAUUAAACAUUCAUGUUAUAAUGUAAUAAAAGUAUAUUUAAUAAACAUUUCUCUGACAUAUCUUAAA